AUGACUGAUACGAAUAAGAGGAAGAUAUACCUCGCCGUGGGGAUUACCGCGAUUGUUGUAUUGGUGAUUGCUGUACCAAUAACGUAUUUUGCGCACCCUGAUUACAACGCAGGUCCGGAUCCGGUAUCAACUUUACCCCCAGACAACACGGCUGAUAAUUUCAAGUUCAACUGCCUUCCUGGAGAUCAGAACCCAACCGUCUCAAAAUGUAAAAAGAAUGGCUGCGUUUGGAAUAACAUUACAGUAGUUAAUCCGUCGGUGCCUCGCUGUUACUUUCCACAGGGCUAUGGGGCUUAUCGUAUGGUCGGCGAAAAACCCUUCACCUGGGGUUACAGGAUCACUCUCGAUCGACUGGAUAGACCGUCAAUUUACGGUAAUGACGUCACUCGAGUUACAUUGGAUGUUCAAUAUCAGACUCAACAUCGUCUACGUUUUAAGUUCUAUGAACUCGGUAGCGACCGGUUUGAAGUACCAGUAGAACUGCCCGACGGUGGUGAAAUGGCGACGGACGCAUUGUAUGACGUCAGUUUUGUGUCAGACCCAUUCUCUAUGAAAAUAACUCGCAAGGACACAUCCACGGUGUUAUGGGACACAUCAGUGGGAGGAUUCAUUUUCGCCGAUCAAUUUCUGCAAAUAUCCACCACACUGCCUUCCGACUACGUAUAUGGAUUGGGAGAACAUGAACAUGCUAGUUUCCGACACGACAUGGCGUGGCAAACAUGGGGAUCCUUCUCCCGUGACCAGGGACCAGCUUAUAAAGCUAACUUAUACGGAGUUCAUCCAUUCUACACGUGCCUGGAGAGCGACGCCAACUCUCACGGUGUAUUGUUGCUGAACAGUAAUGCUAUGGAUUUUACUUUGCAGCCGACACCGGCUCUUACAUACAGGACGAUAGGAGGCGUACUUGACUUUUACAUGUUUCUGGGUCCCACCCCGGAGAUGGUUGUGCAACAGUACACAGAGGCGAUAGGAAGACCGUACAUGCCGCCAUAUUGGUCGUUGGGAUUUCAACUUUGUCGCUAUGGUUACGGUAACCUAACAAAUGUGCAAGAGGUGGUAGCUGGAAUUCGAGAGUACGACAUUCCCCACGAUGUGCAAUAUGGCGAUAUUGAUUAUAUGACGCGUCAACUUGAUUUUACAUAUGAACACGUGACUCGUUACAAAGGUCUACCAGAAUGGGUGGAUCAAUUAAAAGAAGAAGGGACCCGUUAUAUCAUCAUUCUCGACCCAGCGAUCAGUGCAGAAGAGGUAUCCGGUACGUAUCCACCCUACGAUAUUGGUACUAAUUUGGGGGUUUUCAUAACAGAAGAAGAUGGAAAGACGGAACUGAAAGGAAAGGUUUGGCCGGAUCCACCAAAUAUAGAGAACAUUAUGAAGGAGAUCGACUGUAGCAAGACAGGAGAUUCAUGGGGCUGCUCAGUUGAGAAUUAUCGAGCCGAGGCCGUCUUCCCUGACUUUUUGAACCCAGAUGCACGUAACUGGUGGUAUAAUUUAACAAAGGACUUCCAUGACGUCAUAGCUUACGAUGGUAUUUGGAUUGAUAUGAAUGAACCGGCAAACUUUGUGGAAGGCUCGGUAAAGGGGUGUGACUACAAUAAUCCGUUAGAAUCGCCGCCAUAUAAACCAGCUAUAUGGGGAGCGACGCUCGCCGACAAAACAGUGUGCAUGGCGGCAAAGACACAUAAAUCAUCGACAGAAAUCAGUAACCAGUAUAACAUGCAUAGUUUAUUUGGAUGGAGUCAAAAUGAACCAACACUGAGUGCAACAAGAGACGCAACUGGUAAAAGAUCCAUCGUUGUCACUCGAUCUACCUUUCCAAGCAGCGGUAAAUACUCGGGCCAUUGGUUAGGUGACAAUGCUAGCGUUUGGCCGCAUGUACAUAAGUCUAUUAUAGGAAUGCUGGAAUUCGGUUUAUUUGGCAUACCAUAUAUUGGUGCCGAUAUAUGUGGAUUUUUUGAAGACACUACAGAAUCAUUGUGCAGACGCUGGUCUCAACUCGGUGCCUUUUACCCGUAUUGUCGUAAUCACAAUGGUCUGAAUUACAGGAGACAAGAUCCAGCUGGAUUUGGUGAGGAGUUUGCGAAGGAAGUGCGAGAUGUCUUACACAUACGAUAUAAAUUAUUACCAUAUCUUUAUACGUUGUUUCAUUAUGCUCACACAGAGGGCACUACAGUAGUGAGGCCAUUGAUGCACGAAUUUGUUAGCGAUACUGAAACAUGGACCAUUGAUAGACAGAUGUUAUGGGGUCCAGCUUUUCUGAUAUCUCCCGUAUUGGACGAGCAUGUUGAAGAAAUUGAUGCAUACUUCCCAGACACCCGUUGGUAUGACUACCAUACUGGUGUGGAGAUGUCUAAGGGGGAUCGUGGUAAAUACGUGACACUCGCUGCACCAUAUCACUACAUACCAUUACAUGUACGCGGAGGAUAUAUACUCCCUACACAAGAAGCUGCUAAUUCAACAGUCUUCAGUCGACUGAAACCGUUUGGUUUAAUUGUUGCGUUAUACGAUGAUUUAAAUGCCAAGGGCUCACUGUUCUGGGAUGAUGGAGACACAGUCGAUACUUUUGAGAAUGGCGAAUAUUAUUUGGCUGAAUUCCACGCAACUAAGGAUGGAUUAAACAGCUAUAUACGCCACGACAAUGGUCAAGUUAAUGGUCAAACAAUGAAUGAAAUACUUGUAUAUGGAUUAACUAGUGACGUCAACAAUGUAUAUCAUAAUACUGUAAAACUUAACGUCAAUAAUUGGGAAUAUGAUAAUCAGAAGGAGAUUACGCAUAACUAA